AAAUCCUCCCCGCCUUAAAUAUUUCAGCAAGUCUCGACCCUGCAGCUCCAUGCAGGCGCGCAAUUGAUGCGACAGGACUGUUGAACGAUCACGACGCUCUUCACGAUAUAAGAAACGGAGUCGCCCGAUACGUCUAGUCAAGGUUAACUGCCACAAUGCUUCGAGAAAUAAAACCUAAGAACGCCAGGAGUAAGAGAGCUCUUGAGAAGAAGGCGCCAAAGAUAAUUGAGAACCCGAAGUCGACCCUUUUUCUUCGUGGUACAACAUGCAGCCAAAUCGUUCAGGAUGCUCUUGCCGAUCUUCAUUCCUUGAGACAGCCAUUGGCAAAGAAGUUUAGCAAGAAAAACGACAUUCACCCAUUCGAGGACCCGUCAUCUCUAAUCUUCUUCUCCGAAAAGAAUGACACGAGUUUGCUGGUAUUUGGUUCCAGUUCCAAGAAGCGCCCAAACACCCUCACUUUCGCUCGAACAUUCGCAACAAACCAGAUCCUCGACAUGAUCGAGCUUCACAUAAUACCCGAGACCUUCAGAACACUAUCGCAAUUCAAGUCGCGCAAGUUUGCCGUUGGGCUGAGACCGAUGAUGCUGUUCUCCGGGACGGCGUGGGAUAGCCCCGUCGCCAACGAGUAUACAAUCUUGAAAAGCAUCUUGAUAGAUAUGUUCAAGGGCGAUGCCAGUAGCGAUAAGAUUGAUGUUGAGGGCCUGCAAUACAUGAUAUCGGUAGCGGCUGAUGAGCCGGUUGGUGACGACGUCAAACCAACUGUUCACCUACGACUGUACCUUCUCGACACGAAACGAAGCGGUCAGAGACUACCACGUAUCGAGUUAGAGGAGAUGGGCCCGAGGAUGGAUUUCCGAAUAGGUCGCAGCCAGCAGCCAGACGAGGCGGUCCUGAAGGAGGCCAUGAAGAAGCCAAGAGCCGGUGAGGAGAAAACCAAAAAGAAUAUCUCGACAGAUAUAAUGGGUGAUAAGCUUGGUAGAAUCCAUCUCGGUAAACAGGACUUGGGCGACCUGCAGACAAGAAAGAUGAAGGGUCUGAAACGCGACCGUAAUGCUGAGGGUGAUACCGCCGUGGACGUUGACGACGACGCUCAGAAGAGACGAAAGAAAUAAAUUGAUUAUAGCAAAUAGCUAUAUUACAGGCGCGAUCAGGCUAUAUGAUAUCAAGGACACUUAAUUUGUAUCCUCAGCUGGGACUAUCGUGUACACUAGCGCUUUAUCUUAUGAAGGUGCUUAUCUUCCCAGCAUACCAGAAUAUAACGCCAAGCUAUGAUAUUAUUUAUAAA